AAUAAACCCUUCUUUUUCACUUCGCACAAGCACAACACAGCGCAACAGCGAUGGCAGGUAGACUAGGAAGAAGGGUGGUUCACUUCGCGAAUCUUCCCAUCAAACUCUUAAUGCCCACCACCCCAAACCUAACAAGCAUCUCAGAAAUCGCGAUCAAAACCAUCCCAUCGGCUAACAAGAUCGAAAUCAAACGGGUCCUCGAGUCGCUCUACGGCUUUGAAGUCGAGAAGGUCCGCACACUCAACAUGGAGGGCAAGAAGAAGAAGCGGGGCGGCUUGUUGAUCGCGAAACCCGACUACAAGAAGGCUUAUAUUACUCUAAAGAAUCCCCUGUCAUUGUCGCGAGAUUUGUUUCCGGUUGGGGCUAUUUUAGAUGAAAAGGAGCGGAUGAGUAAAGAGAAGAAGUUGAGUUUUGUUGAGGAAGGGAAGCCACAGCAUUGGCUCGAGGGAGAGGCGAGAAGUGAAGAGAAGAAGAAGAAGAAGAAGAAAGGGAAGGGGUUGGUUGAUGACGUGGCGGCUGUGAAGUUUCCCUGGAGUAGCAUGAGGUCGAGGUGACUGGUUUUCAUCUUGUUCAGAAUUUUCACCUCCUGGUGCUGGAUCCUUCCCUUGCAUUGCUGUCCUCAUUUUCACUUGCUCUGAAAAUAGCACCUACAUCACAUAUGGUGACUCAGUCAGUGCUAAGCACAUCGUCUAUUUCUCUCUAAACAGUAUCCUUGGAUCACGUCCAACAAAGUGAUAAUUCAAAAAUUCUUGUUAAAUUUCUGUUAUAUCACUAGUAGUUCAUACAUUAUGACA